GACACAGAUAUAAAACGACAUGGAAGGAAGCAAAAGUCCUGAGUAAAAAGCCAUCCUCUACAGAGACACAAUGAAGAAGGAACUUUCUCACAACAUGGUGACUUAUGCAAGCACGAUGCACUCAGUGAAAUCAGCUGGAUUGUCUCUGCUUCUGAUGUCUUUUCUUCUUUAUGUAGCUGAUUCUUACCCCAACAUUGAUUUACCAAAUAUGGGCUGUGAUGAGUGCGCACUGAGAAGGAACAACAAUUUGCCUGGCGACCAACCGAUCUACCAGUGCAUGGGCUGCUGCUUCUCCAGAGCUUACCCAACACCUCUCAGGUCCUUGAAGAACAUGAGGACACCAAAGAACAUCACCUCCGAGGCAACAUGCUGUGUUGCGAGGAACAGCUACGAGGUAGAUGUAAAGUCGGACGUGAUUAAUAUAAAGGUAUUAAACCAUACAGCGUGUCACUGCAGCACCUGCUACCAUCACAAGAUAUGAAGAUGGACUUGGAGACCUUUCUGCAGCGCUUAACUUGGCAACAAACUGUGUUUCUUUAAAAUGUAUGUUGAUAUGUUGCCAGAUAAUGUUUUUAUAGCAAUACUGUCUGUAUA